UGGUGGUCGUGCUUGAGACGGAGCGGUUGGCCGAGUGCGAUCGCAUUACUUUGCGAACGAUAUAUAUAUACAUAUAAACCGCGCUGCCCACAAACGUGGCCAGAUAAGAGGAGAUAUAUACCAAUACCUAUACCUAUUUCUCGCCGGAAGAUUACUAUAAAUUAACAAUAACAAGUGCAAACGUGUGAGAAAAAAUCGAAGAGGAAAAGCCAAAAAGACGGAGCACAAACAUAAACCAAAAUGCAAACGUGUAGAAGAAGAAAAGCCUUAGGCGGCCCAACCACGAUCAUGUGGAGUAGAAUGUGCCUGGCCACUCUCUGCGGAUUACUUCUGCUUGGCAUUCAAAUUGAGCGUGCGGCGUCUGCGCCCGCAGGCGAAGAUGCAGCGGCCACAACGAUGCCACCUCUGGAUACCACAACAGAUGCCCCAGACGCCGCUCCAGCCACAAUUGCCGCAGAACAAAGCAGCAGCAUCAGCAGCAUAACCACCGAGGCACCGGAUGGUUCAACGACUUCCACGACGACAACAACUGAGGCGGCCAACAAAUCCAAUGCGACCGAAACUGAGUCCAUGACAAGUGGCCCGGUGGCAAGCAGCCUGCCAGAGGAGACCAGCAUGCGAUCGACGAGCAUUGAACCCAUCACCUCCACGGAGCCCACGACAACGCCCCGGCAGGAAACGGAGGGACCCGAUCAGCACAUAGUCUUCUCCAACACGGAACCAGAUCAGAGCCACAUUCAGCACAUUCCGCUGCGGGAUGAGCAUGCCGAGAGCAGUGGCGCCGACGAUGCCACCACCGAGAUGCAACGGCAGCGCGAGCAGGAUCAGCAGCAGAAUGAGCUCAAUCAGAUCUCCAACGAGCAGGACGAUGUGGUCAAGGAUCUCAACAAUUUCCGACAUCCGGCUACGCUUAUAACGGCCAGCAACAGCAACAGCGAGGAGAACGUCGAAAUCGAAAGUGACAAACAAGUUGAGACAACGACGACGGCGGUGCCGGCAGCAGCAACAUCCACAUCCACAGAGGCAACAGGUACACCGGCAACAGGUACGCCAGCCACAUCCACAUCCACAGUCCCGAACGAGCGCGAAGAAGAUCCCUAUCAUGUGCAUAUACUGUCCGAGAAUCAUGAUCGCCUGGCCGAACACGAAGAUUAUCAAAUGCUCUCGACCAGCACCGAGGAAUCGUCAACUACCACUACCACUUCGACUACUACCAGCACCACAGAGUCGGGCCUUGUGGCUGGUAUUGUUGUCAGUCAGGAGAACAAGGCAACCGCUGAGCCAUCAACUGCAACCGAGUAUACAUCCACAUUCACAACAACUGCAGCAACAGCCGCAAGUUCAACCACAUCACGAGCACGCGCCAUGCAUAUGAAUGAUCCAGAAGAUGAAGCGGCCACCACAAUAAUGCCGGACAGCGAGUCGGGCCCAGUGAUUAACAUUGUUGAAGGACAACACAUGCUGCAGCAGGAGAGGCAGCAGGAGGAGCCGAAGGAUGAGAAGGAGGAGGAGGUGGUCAAGGAGUCGGAGAGCAGCUCCACCACCGAGGCGUCGACCACCACCACCGAGCCAUCGCCAUUCGUGGCCUUUGCUGGCGAGGGGCGAUCGGCGGGUGGCGGCAAUGAUAUUGAGCUGUUCCUGCACCACAAUGCCUCUACCCACGAGCAGCUCAUGGAUCUCAGUGAUGUCAGCAUGGACGGAGAUCAGAACGAGGGCAGCAGCACAACACAGAGCAGCACUACUAGCACCACCACGACCACUGCUCAGCCGGAAACGGAAAUGCCGAAAAUAGUGGAGAUCACCGCCAGCGGGGAUACCAUGCAGCGGGAAUGCCUGGCCAACAACAAGAGCUAUAAGCACGGCGAGUUGAUGGAGCGGGAUUGCGACGAGCGUUGCACCUGCAACCGCGGCGACUGGAUGUGCGAGCCAAGGUGCAAGGGACUGAGUUAUCCGCGCGGCAGCCAGCGCAGCAUGGCCAAUCCCAACUGCCUGGAGAAGAUGGUGGAGGAGGACGAAUGCUGUCGGGUGAUGGAAUGCAGUGAGCCGCUGCUGGAGCCCACGGUGGUAGCCACAGAGGGUGCGGCACCUUCCACCAAUAGAACAGAAGAAGCGGCUGUGACCCUGCCCACGACCGAUGAUGAAGCCACGCCCAAGCCCCGAACUGAUUGCCACUACAUGGGCGGUGUCUAUAAGUUCCGGGAGCGUCUGGAGAUCGGGUGCGAGCAGAUCUGUCACUGUGCCGAAGGAGGCAUCAUGGAUUGCAGGCCGCGCUGCCCGGAACGGAAUCACACGCGUCUGGACAAGUGUGUGUAUGUAAAGGAUCCGAAGGACGUGUGCUGCCAACUGGAGCUCUGCGAUGUCACGCUGGACGAUCACGAACAGCAGCCAACGCCGCUGCAGAACACCAACAACGAAGAUCCAGAGGAGAUCGACCCCUUCCGCUUCCAGGAGCAGGCUCGCGACGCCGGAGGCGCCAAGCCCACCUGCACAUUCAAGGGCGCAGAAUAUGAUGUGGGCCAGCAGUUCCGCGAUGGCUGCGACCAGUUGUGCAUUUGCAAUGAACAGGGCAUUCACUGUGCCAAGCUGGAGUGCCCCUCGAACUUUGGCCUGGAUGUCCAGGAUCCGCACUGCAUUCGCUGGGAACCGGUUCCGGCGGACUUUAAGCCCUCGCCGCCGAAUUGCUGUCCGGAGAGCAUGCGUUGUGUCGACAAUGGCACGUGCAGUUACCAAGGCGUCCAGAUCGAGAACUGGUCCCCGGUCCCAGCCAACCUGACAGGUUGCGAUCAGCAUUGCUAUUGCGAGAAUGGACGGGUAGAGUGCAGGGCAGCUUGUCCUCCGGUACCAGCUCUUCCUCCGGCGGACUUGCCCUGCCAUCCAGCAUUGGCCCGCCUGCUGCCCAUUCCCGAUGACGAGUGCUGCAAGCACUGGAUGUGUGCCCCCCAAAUCCCGAAAAUCGGAGGUGCGGGUCAGGACGAAGAGACGGAAGCCACGUCAACGCAUGCCUCGAUUCCAGCAAAUGAAACAACAACAACGACAGCGACAGCAAAUAAAUCGACCAGUACACCUAGCAAAGUGCCCCAAAUCAAGAAGGACGAGGAGAAGAGGCCAUCAGCAAGUGGCGCCUUCUAUCCCACCUUGGAUGGCAAGCCACCCAAGUCGAUUGGUGGUCUUGGCAUCUUCGAGAAGCCGGAAAAACCGGAGAAGGGCCACAAGAAAGUGCAGCAUCAACAGCAGCAGCAGCAUCAGCAGCAGGAGCAGCAGCAGCACCAGAAUGAUGUUAUAUUCGACGGUGAUCGCACAGUGGAGCAGGAGGAGCCUUUGCCACCGAACGGCGGAUUUGUGCCCUUCCAAUUCGGCCACCAGCAUCCUCAUCAGCCACAUCUUGGUCCGUAUGGCUUAUACAAUCCCGUGAAGCCCGUUUACGAGGACUAUAAUCCCUAUGAGCCGUACGACAUCAAUCCCAAUGGCACACCACAGGGCAAGCCACCUCCAGUGCCCACUAGUCAGUCCGAUUUGUUCAAUAUAUUAGGUGCGGAACAACCAGGGCACCCGGUUCAUCCUGGCCAUGCUGGACCCCCAAUUCAUCCUGGGCAAACGCAAAAAGACAAUCACAACCUGGGUCCGCAAGUUAGAAUCGAACAGAUACUGCAGCACCUGCAGCAAACUGUUCCAGGUGGUCCGCCACCACCGCCGCCCCACCAGCAACACCAGUCACUGACACCGCAGCAGCAUUCGCCGCAGCAACCAACUCCGCAGCAACAUCCUGGUCAUUAUGUGCCCAUCGUGCACAGUGGAGUGCCGCCGCCGCCACCAGGACAUGGCAUUGCCAUUGUCGAUGGCCAAACAGUGGCCUAUGAGAGCUAUCCAGUGAUCCCGGGACUGGGAGUACCACAGCACCAUCCGCAGCAGCACCAGACGACCCCGCAGCAACACUUGCAGCAGACAAUCCUGCCUAGCUCGAGCACCACCUCCGGACUCUCGACGCAGGCUAGCGAGCACAGUCUGCACCAGAACCAGGACAAGCUGGCCAAGCAGCAGCAGUCAGGAGCCAACAACCUGCAGCCUGAUAUCGAAGUUCACACACUGGAGGCCAUCGAUCCUCGUUCCAUUCGCAUUGUCUUCACCGUUCCCCAGGUCUAUGUGAACCUCCAUGGACGUGUGGAGCUGCGCUACUCAAAUGGACCCAGUAACGAUACAUCCACUUGGGAACAGCAGAUCUUUGCCCCGCCCGAGGACCUCAUUGCCACAUCCCAGAUGGAGUUCGAUCUGCCCAGUUUGGAACCAAACUCACUGUACAAGGUGAAGAUCACCUUAAUCCUUCGUGAUCUGAACUCGCAGCCCACGAGCAGUAUCUACACCGUGAAGACGCCGCCUGAAAGGACCAUCACUCCACCACCUCCGUUCCCCGAUUACAGGCCAGACUUCCAGGACAUCUUCAAGAACGUUGAGGAUCCAGAACUGACGGUCAGCGAAACGAACGCCAGCUGGUUGCAGUUGACAUGGAAGAAACUGGGCGACGACCAAAUGGAAUAUGUGGACGGAGUUCAGCUGCGCUACAAGGAAUUGACGGGCCUGAUUUACUCCUCAACGCCUCUGAUCCAUCGCACGUUGACCAGCUACACCAUUCAGAACCUUCAGCCGGAUACGGGCUACGAGAUCGGGCUCUACUACAUUCCAUUGGCUGGACACGGAGCUGAAUUGCGUGCCGGGCACAUGAUCAAGGUGCGAACUGCCCAGAAGGUGGACGUGUAUGGCUUCGAUGUGACCGUUAACGUGACCAAGGUGAAGACCCAGAGUGUCGAGAUCUCAUGGAAUGGAGUGCCCUAUCCGGAGGACAAGUUCGUGCACAUUUAUCGUGCCAUCUACCAGAGCGACGCUGGCAAGGAGGACUCCAGCGUCUUCAAGGUGGCCAAGCGGGACAGCACCACUGGUACCCUGAUCAUGGAUCUCAAGCCAGGCACCAAGUACCGCCUCUGGCUGGAAAUGUACCUGACCAACGGCAACACCAAGAAGAGCAAUGUUGUCAACUUCAUCACGAAGCCAGGUGGUCCAGCCACUCCCGGAAAGACUGGAAAACUCCUAACCGCGGGAACGGACCAACCCGUGGGCGAUUACUACGGCCCCCUUGUGGUGGUUUCUGUGAUCGCCGCUCUGGCGAUCAUGUCUACUUUGGCCCUGCUACUGAUCAUCACCAGGAGACGAGUUCACCAAACGGCGUCCAUUACGCCACCACGAAAAAGCGACGCUGCCUACGAUAAUCCCUCAUACAAGGUGGAGAUCCAACAGGAGACUAUGAAUCUGUAAAUGACGCACAACGCCCUGCAAGCAACUAGUUUAAAAGCAGAUUCUUGUAAAUAUUGAAGGAAAUGAAUGUGGAAGAAAAACUCAGUGUCAGUAAAGGAAUAUAAGUGAAAUCCUGAAUCAAUCAGAUUAAAUCAGAUGGAGCAAGCAAUUUUCUGAAAUCGGCGCAAUAUCAAAAACUUUGUUCAAAUCGAAAUGGCCGCCAUGUUGAUUGUAGUGGUUAAGUAAUCUAAAAGCACAUACCUUUUGUUAAACAAUUUGUGACUUGUGUAAAUAGAGAGAGAUUGAGACAGAAGCAAACACCCUAUAGAAGAACCAAUUGACAGAAGCUCCACAACUCAAAUUGGCCUCGCUGGGCGUAUCGAUUCUAUUGGCGAUUUCAAAAUGCAUACGAGUUUAGUUAGUUUAACUUGUAAAUUGUAGCUUUACACUUAUCGUAAUUAAAGGGCGCAUCAGCAUCAACAGAAACCGCAGCACCAGCAA